AUGAGAACACUUGCUGGGGUAUGUCCUGACUACAUGGACUUUGUGAGGUGCUACUGCAGGCAUGGCCUAACAAUGUUGCUCUGCCUCCUCUCUCAGUGUGUUGUCCAUGGUGGGCCUGCUGCUCAUUGCGCUGGGUACAGGUGGUAUCAAACCAUGUGUAGCUGCUUUUGGAGGAGACCAGUUUCUGGACCACCAGGUUAGCAGAAUAACUCAGUAUUCAGAGAAUGACACCACCACUGUGUCUGUCUGUAUCUUUGUCAGUAGGCAGAUAGUUACUCAACACAACUACACUGAACAAAAAUAUAAAUGCAACAUGCAACAUUUUCAAAGAUUUUACUGAGUUACAGUUCAUAUAAGGAAAUCAGUCAAUUCAAAUAAAUUAAUUAGGCCUUAAUCUAUGGAUUUCACAUGACUGGGAAUACAGUACUCCCUGACAAAGGCCAUGCAGCCAAAAACGCGUCUGAGUUUUAAAAAAAACAUUGUUUCCAUUGAACAUGCCAUACAAAUAAAGGCAUUUUAAUUAAUUAUAUGAACAGUGCCUUGGUCCUCCUUUCUUUUUGAUGACAGAUAUGCAUCUGUUGGUCUCAGACACCUUAAAAAAAUGGUAGGGGCAUGGAUCAGAAAACCUAUCAGUAUCUGGUGUGACCACCAUUUGUCUCAUGUAGCGCGACACAUCUCCUUCGCAUAGAGUUGAUCAGGCUGUUGAUUGUGGCCUGUGGAAUGCUGUCCCACUCCUCUUCAAUGGCUGUACGAAGUUGCAGGAAAUUGGGGGUACUGGAAGACACUGUCGUACACAUCGAUCCAGAGCAUCCCAAACAUGCUCAAUGGGUGACAUGUCUGGUGAGUAUGCAGGCCAUGGAAGAACUGGGACAUUUACAACUUCCAGGAAUUGUGUACAGAUCCUUGCGACAUGGGGCCAUGCAUUAUCAUGCUGAAACAUGAGAUGAUGGCGGUGGAUAAAUGCCACCACAAUGGGCCUCAGGAUCUCAUCACUGUAUCUCUGUGCAUUCAAAUUGCCAUCAAUAAAAUGUAAUUGUGUUCGUUGUCCGUAGCUUAUGCCUGCCCAUACCAUAACCCCACUGCCACCACGGGGCACUGUUCACAACGUUGACAUCAGCAAACCGCUCUCCCACACGUCUGCCAUCUGCCUGGUACAGUUGAAACCGGGAUUCAUCCGUGAAGGUCAGACUUCUCCAGUGUGCCAGUGGCCAUCGAAGCUGAGCAUUUGCCCAUUGAAGUCGGUUAUGACGACGAACUGCAGUCAGGUCAAGACCCUGGUGAUGAUGACGAGCACGCAGAUGAGCUUCCCUGAGACGGUUUCUGACAGUUUGUACAGAAAUUAUUCGGUUGUGCAAACUCACAGUUUCAUCAACUGUCCGGGUGGCUGGUCUCAGGUGAUCCCACAGCUGAAGAAGCCAGAUGUGGAGGUCCUGGGCUGCCGUGGUUACACAUGGUCUGCGGUUGUGAGGCUGGUUGGACGUACUGCCAAGUUCUCUAAAACGAUGUUGGUUUAUGGUAAUGAAAUUAACAUUCAAUUCUCUGGCAACAGCUCUGGUGGACAUUCCUGCAGUCAGCAUGCCAAUUGCACACACCCUCAAAACCUGAGACAUUUGUGGUAUUGUGUUGUGUGACGAAAUGCACAUUUUAGAGUGCCCUUUUAAUGUCCCCAGCACAAGGUGCACCUGUGAAAUGAUCAUGCUGUUUAAUCAGCUUCUUGAUAUUCCACACCUGUUAGGUGGAUGGAUUAUCUUGGCAAAGGAGAAAUGCCCUCUAACAUCGAUGUAAACAAAUUUAUGCACAACAUUUUAGAGAAAUAUGCUUUUUGUGUGUAUGGAACAUUUCUGGGAUCUUUAUUUCAGCUCAUGAAACAUGGGACCAACAAUUUACAUGUUGUGUUUAUAUUUUUGUUCAGUUUUCAAAGCCCACAUACACUGAGGUAAACAUGUAGAAAUGUGUAAUGUAUCUCAAAUCAAAAUAAAAUAAAAUAGUAUUUGUCACAUGCGCCGAAUACAACAGGUUUACCGUGAAAUGCUUGCUUACGAGCCGUUUCCCAACAAUGCAGAGUUAAAAAGUAAGAAAAAUGUGCUCAAAUUAAAAAAGGAAAUAGUACCACAAUAAAAUAACAAAACUAUAUUCAAGCUGGACAUAUUUUUUUGCCCGCGCUACAGACUGCUAUAUCGGUCCACUAAUACAGGACUAGUAAAGGGCCAGUGCACUACUUUUGUAGUUGAUUAUUUUUAUUUCUGAUUUUUCAGGGGGACAUUUAUGCAGCACUCUCAGCACCCCUACUUCCCACGGCUAUGUAUAUGAGGAGUACCUGUACCGAGUCAAUGUGCAGGAGUACGAGGUAGUUGUGGUAAUUGAGGUAAAAUGUACAUGUACACUACCGUUCAAAAGUUUGGGGUCACUAAGAAAUGUCCUUGUUUUCGAAAGAAAAGCAUUUUUUUUGUCGAUUUAAAAUAACAUCAAAUUGAUCCGAAAUACAGUGUAGACAUUGUGAAUGUUGUAAAUGGCUAUUGUAGCUGGAAGUGGCAGAUCUUUUAUGGAAUAUCUACAUAAGCGUACAGACGCCCAUUAUCAGCAACCAUCAGUCCUGUGUUCCAAUGGCACGUUGUGUUUGCUAAUCUAAGUGUAUCAUUUAAAAAAGCUAAUUGAUCAUUAGAAAACCCUUUUGCAAUUAUGUUAGCACAGCUGAAAACUGUUGUGCUGAUUAAAGAAGCAAUAAAACUGGCCUUCUUGAAACUAGUUGAGUAUCUGGAGCAUCAACAUGGCCAGAAACAAAUAACUUUCUUCUGAAACUCAUCAGUCUAUUCUUGUUCUGAGAAAUGAAGGCUAUUCCAUGCAAAGAAAAAGCCAGAUCACAGACUGCCCAUCUUAAUAUUUUAUUUUUAUUGGCCAGUCUGAGCUAUGGCUUUUUCUUUGCAACUCUGCCUAGAAGGUCAGCAUCCCGGAGUCGCCUCUUCACUGUUGACGUUGAGACUGGUGUUUUGCGGGUACUAUUUAAUGAAGCUGCUAGUUGAGUACCUGUGAGGCAUCUGUUUCUCAAACUAGACACUCUAAUGUAUUUGUCCUCUUGCUCAGCUGUGCACCGGGGCCUCCCGCUCCUCUUUCUAUUCUGGUUAGAGCCAGUUUGCGCUGUUCUGUGAAGGGAGUAGUACACAGCAUUGUACGAGAUCUUCAGUUUCUUGGCAAUUUCUUGCAUGGAAUAGCGUUCAUUUCUCAGAACAAGAAUAGACUGACGAGUUUCAGAAGAAAGUUAUUUGUUUCUGGCCAUUUUGAGCUUGUAAUCGAACCCACAAUUGCUGGUGCUCCAGAUACUCAACUAGUCUCAAGAAGGCCAGUUUUCAGCUGUGCUAACAUAAUUGAGAAAGGGUUUUCUAAUGAUCAAUUAGCCUUUUGUUAUUAGCAUACCUCCUCUUUCUUGCUCUAUUGUUGCUUCAUUCCUCCCUCGCUUUCAACAGUUAAAUGAAAUAAGUUUCAAUGUCCUUAUCUUUAUAAUUCUAAUGACAUCCUUGAAUAAUAUAGGACUAGAAUUAGAUGUAGAAGGCUUUCUCUUCUCUUCACGAAGAUUGAAUGGUUAUGAGUCUGAAUGAAUAACUGCUAUAGCCUACCGCCAACGCGCGUUCGCUCUUCUUUCAAACUACCUUGUGAGUUAUAUUGGCUGCUGUAUUUAACAUUCAGCAAACAAGAGCUUGCAUCCCUCUUCGAAUAGUCUAUUGGUAUAAGAAAUGCAACAACAACAAAAAAUGUCCAGCAAGCUAUUCUAGUCUAGCUUUUCCUGUAUGGGACUCCAAGAGCUAAGGAGCGUUUUUUAAGGAGAGAGGCCAGCGGAGCACAGGUGCGUGCAUAUUGUGCAAGAGACGAGUUAGAAAAUAGAAGCUUAUUAUGCAUAACCCAUCAUUAAUUAGCUAAAUAUAAGGCUAAUACUGAAUUGAAUGUAUUACUUGAAAGAGGUAGGCUAGGACAUCUAUAUAUAGGGCUAUAUAUCAAUAUAGAACAGGAUUAUCUAUUUUGGAUGCAAUUUGAAUGGAGUUGAUGGAGAGAAAGACUGUGAGAAGUUCUCGCGCGUGCACUGAUUUAAAGUUAUGAUAUUCAAGUGAUAGGCUGUUUUAAAACUCUGCAGCUGCAAUUUAACAAAAUAAAUCUUUACAAUAAAAAAAUAAGGUGACCCCCAAAAGCCAGAUGGAGAUGGAUGAAUUAGACAUGCAUUCGGUCUUUAUAUUACUGUAGCAUAGACUAUGCUGCAGCAAAUGCAGGCCUAUCUGUCACAAGAAAUAAAGUUACCAUGAUGAGAUGGAUGAUAGGUCUACAUGCAUUGUGAACUGCGCUCCAUACUGAGAUGGGCUGUCUGUCCCCACCCUGAGCGUUGAUGAUUCAUCAUGCAGAGGCCGUAGAGAAGCCAGAUUUAGACAUAGCAUAUAAUUUAACAGUUCCAUUUCAUGCCAUGCUGUUCAUAUAAAUAAUGUAUCAUAAUUUGCCGGUUUCUCGCAGUUAUUUAUCACGGAAAAGGGAGUGGUUUUGGGCGGUAAAUCUCAGCAACCGGGUUCACACCAUUCAAUCCUAGUCUAUAUUUAGUAAUCUGAUAGACCCUGUGCUGAACUUGAAUCAUUUUGAUCUGCACAAAAAGAGGGGAAAGUAUAAAGUAAUCUCUUGAUUUUUUUCAGUUGUAAAAUCAUGGGUGGCCGUACUCCAAUUCACAGCAUAAUUUACCAAGCUAUAUAUCUUUCUUCAAAGGCACCGAGCAACAUGAAGGCAGUGCUGCAAGCAGGCUGGCUGUUCACUGUAGCUAUUGGCAACUUUAUAAUAAUAUGCCAUUUAGCAGACGCUUUUAUCCAAAGCGACUUACAGUCAUGCGUGCAUACAUGUUUGUUUUUUUUGUGUAUGGGUGGUCCCGGGGAUCGAACCCACUACCUUGGCGUUACAAGCGCCGUGCUCUACCAGCUGAGCUACAGAGGACCACAACUUUAUUGUCCUUAUUGUGGCUGAGAUUGCACAGAUCGAAUAACAGGUACAGUGCCACUAACCUACAUUCUACAGAUGACUCUCUCAUAACACUCAUAGCACUCCUGCAGCACGUGGUCUGUGUAUAGGGCGAGCCAGCCCUGACUCUAUGGGUGAAAGAGUUGAAGUCUUCAGUGUCCAUUAUUCAAACCUCAAGGGCCAGAUCUGUUGAGGUAAAUAUGUGACGUGUCAAAUCUUUGUGUUCUUUCCUCCUACAGUGGGCAGAGUUUGUCCUCUUCGCCUCCCUCCUAGUGGCAGUAUGUGUCAUCUUCUCCAUCAUGGCCUAUUUCUAUACCUACAUGGACCCUGCAGAGAUCGAGGCCCAGUUCAGGGACAAAGGC